AUGAGCAGUGUAAGAGUGGGGAAUGAGCUUGGAGCUGGACAUCCAAAGGCAGCAGCAUUCUCUGUCGUAAUCGUGACAACUUCGUCUUUCAUCAUAUCCGUAAUCGCAUCAAUAGUCGUGCUCGCAUUGCGCCAUAAGAUCAGCUAUCUUUUCACUGAAGGUGACAUUGUGGCUAAUGCUGUCUCAGAUAUGUGCCCACUUCUUGCUGUCACUAUAGUUCUCAAUGGAAUCCAACCCGUUUUGACUGGUGUGGCUGUUGGAUGUGGAUGGCAAACUUUCGUUGCGUAUGUGAACGUUGGAUGUUAUUAUGUAGUUGGAAUUCCUCUAGGUGCAUUGCUCGGUUUCUACUUCAAAUUGGGGGCUCAGGGAAUAUGGUCGGGGAUGCUCGGUGGCACAUUGGUGCAAACCGUGAUACUAGUAUGGACCACUUAUCGGACUGAUUGGAAUACAGAGGUUGAAUUAUCUUUGAAGAGAUUGGAUAUGUGGGAUGAAAAGAAGGAACCACUUCUACAGGGGUGAA